GGAAGCAGUAACCUGUGCGCCAAGAACACUGCAGUGGACUUAUAGAGUUUGGGCAGUUGUGUUCCGGAAAAACGAAAAUAGAAGGAGGGCUGAGAACAAGAACAUCAACCAGCUUGAUCCGAUCAUCAUUUGUCCAGAGCAGAAGACCCACGUGCCAAUAGUACAGAACAACGAGUCUAGAGGACGCAAAAACAGAGCAUUCAGGACUCAUGUCCAACAGAACCAGACUAAGUAGCAAUUCAUUGAGGACAUGACACAAGCAACCUCUACUAGGCUUCUGACUAAUAUCUCUCCCUUCAGGACGAGCAGUACUUAGAAAGAGGUAGUGCAGCUGCUAGUCGUGGUAGUAGUGCAGCUUACCGCAAGGGCAAGAAUCGACGAAAUCCCGUUUGCAGACGACUGCCUUUAGUACGCCAUGGGCCUUUCUUGAGGAUGAACAGAGCAGGACAUAUCAGACUUAUCACAACUUAUGGACAAAAGAGCGGGUACGACGCUAGCGAAAAAAACGAACGAAGGACGCUAUGUCGACAAAGCUUACGAACAUUAGGCUCAGGGCUUUCAGACUUAGAGUUUGAAUUAGUCCAAACCUUGAGUUUCAAUUAGAACUUGAUUUAGGAAAUCUUUAGAAUUUGGGCUCUGAAAUUUGUUUGAAAUUUGAAUAUGAAUAUUUUCAAAAAGUUCUAAAUUUAUGUCUAUGUAUAUGUAUUCUUCAUUCUUCUAAGGUCUUGAGUUUGAUUUUGUCGAAAUUCAGAUUAGUUGAUCUUUUGGAAAAAGACUAUAAAUUUUUGAUUUUAUACUCUUUUAAAUCAAAUUCAAACUUGAGUUUCACAAUUGAUCUGUUAGGUUUCGAUCGUUGUUUUUCUGCAGACAUGGUAAAUUUCUGAUUUUAUGCUCUUUUAAUUAAAUGAAAUUUAAACUUAAGCUUGUCCUUUCAGGCUCUGAGCGUUAUACUUCUGCAUAAAUGCUAGGCUUUUGCUUUAACUAAGUUCUCUUGAAUCAAACAGUCAAACAGUCAAACUGUGUUUUUGAAAAGUUUUGAGACUGUGAACUUCUGGGCUUCGACCGUUAUUUUUCUCCAGAAAUUCAAAAUUUCUGAUUUUAUGCUUUGUUAAUUCAAAUUAAAACUUAAUUUUUAAUGUUUCGAGCUAACUAGAUUCUUUUUUGCUGAGUCAGUGAGCUGGGACACCUCAAAUUACCCGAAGGCGAGAAAGGGAGCACACUCACCUGCGACUGGCGCGUCGCAGUAGCAGGAGCCGCGAAGCAUAGAACACAAUUUUCGAUGGUACUUGGUCCUUUGUCGCAGAGUAGCAAGGGCCGCGAAGCAGGGGAGUGUUGUAUGACAAUGACUACUCAAGACUUAAAUCUAUGCCUAUGCCUAGAAGGAGAGUGAGGGCACCUCCGUCCAGAUGCACUCAUAGUACGUUUUCGCAGACCAUUGUAACUAGAAGAGUCGUGGCACUUAAGAAGAUCUUUUACCUAUCCUACGCUUCUUCGUCCUUUUGCCAUACUCUUGACCCGUACUAUGAGAGAUGAGUGUGAGUGCGUUUGCUACGACCUGAUGCACAACAUUCUCUUCAAGCACAAACGAUCAGGGACCUCGACG